AUGAAGUCUGCGCUUGCCAUCGUUGCCCUUGCGGGCGUCGUCGCCGCGGGCGGCAAGUACCCGGGCAUGCCUGAGUGCUAUUGGCCUUGCCUGGAUGACGCUAUUCCUAAGACUGGCUGCGGGAGCUGGGACAACGUCGACUGCUUUUGCACGGACGCCAUGCUUGCGAAAUGGGGUGGGCUCACCUUGGAGUGCAAGAUGGACAAGUGCUCCUCGGUUGAUGGCGCCUGGGACCUGAUUUCAAAGGAGGAAGAUGGAAGAUGUGCCGCGUACUGGGCGAGCACUUCCGCCGCCGGUAAACCAACAACCACACGGACGGCCACGUCCACGGCUACGGUCCCGGCCACGUCCACGGCCAGCACGACCGAGACCAGCAGCACCCGCCGUGUCACCACGACCACGAGCUGGACCAACACGACGACCUACAACCCGGGCACGUCGACGGAGACGGUCCUCACCACCAUCACCAUCACCUCCUGCUCCGGAGGGCCCUGCACCUCGGUGGUGACGACGACGCGCGCGCCCCCGGCCCCGACGACGUGCACCGAGUGCACCGACGCGACCAUCACGGAGACGGAGCCCUGCACCGAGGAGCCCACCCCGUGCCCCGAGUGCUCCGGCUCGACCGUCACGGAGACGGAGCCCUGCACCGAGUGCACCGAGGAGCCCACCCCCGUGCCCGUGGCGCCGACGUGCACCACCUGCACCGAGCAGCCCGCCAACCCCACGGUCGCUCCCGUGGCUCCCACUCCUACCUCUGGCUUCGUGACGACUGUUGCUCCCGGCGGUAACGGCGGCAACAACGGAGGCAACGUGCCCGGAGGAAACGGCGGCAACGGCGGCGCCAACACGCCAACCACGGCGGCGGGCGGCAACCCCCCGGUCGUCACUGCCGGAGCCAACGCCGGCCCCGGCGCCGCCGGUGCGCUCGCGGCCGUCAUCAUCGCCGCCAUGGCUCUUUAA